CAUCACCAUGGUGCAGAAGAGAUACGCGUCAGAGACACAGCGGAAUGAAUGCAGAGAGUUUGUUGUUGAUGGUGAUAUGUUUGCGUAGCUGUCUAUGCUCUGCUAUACUCUGCUAUCGAGCUGCAAUUUCGCGCUGUUGUGGUUGGUGGAAAUGGUAUCUAAGUAAGAGUGCCGCCCGAUGUGUACUGUAUGCCUACUAGCCAUACUUCGUGAUCAUAGACCCUAGAACGCCACCGCCAUGACCGUUCUUCCCAUAACGAUACAAGAAAAGUUGAAACGAAAGG